GUGACCUCUAUUGCAGUUGAAAAUACUUGGGAGCGGAGGUUGAGUCCAUUGAUUUUUUUUUUGACGAUGUAACCCAUGUCUGUACGGAUACGGUGACAAUUUGAAUGAGAAUCCCAUUCGUUUUGUGCAUAACCAUCGCAAGAAGGGCUUAUGUGCUCCUCGCCGCUUGAUUUCCGAGUCGGGGUGCUCAGUGUUGUCGGGGUAGAGUCCGUUUCACUGCAUCAACAUGGGUGUAAUCGGUGUGCAGCUGGUGGUUACCAUGGUAAUGGCCAGUGUAAUUCAAAAAAUCAUACCUCAUUAUUCCUUCGCAAGAUGGCUUCUCUGCAGUGGCAGUCUGCGGUGGUAUCAGCACCCUACGGAAGAUGAGUUGAGGAGCUUAGCUGGGAAACAAAAAGGACAGAAGCGGAAAGACAGGAAGUACAAUGGUCACAUAGACAACAAGCCGCUAACAGUUCCCAAGGACAUAGACCUACAGCUGGAGACGAAAUGCAUCACAGAAGUCGACACAUUAGCACUGCACUACUUCCCAGAGUUCCAGUGGCUGGUGGAUUUUACAGUAGCGGCAACCAUUGUCUAUCUGAUAACAGAACUCUACUACAGUGUGGCUCAGCCCUCAGGAGAGAUGAACAUCAGUGUGGUCUGGUGCCUGCUUGUACUCGCCUUUGUCAUUAAGACCCUUUUCUCUCUAACGGCCCACUACUUCAAGCUUGAGGAAGGAGGCGAGCGCUCACUCUGCAUUACUUUUGCUUUUUUCUUUUUUGUCAAAGCCAUGGCCAUUCUCAUCGUCACUGAAAACUACCUGGAGUUUGGUCUGGAGACCGGUUUUGCAAACUUCUCUGACAAUGCUCUACAGUUUCUGGAACACCAGGGCUUAGAGUCCCAGGGUCCCAUAUCUAAACUCACCUUCAAACUGAUCCUGGCCCUGCUUUGCUCCCUGAUUGGAGCAUUUCUAACUUUCCCUGGUCUACGAUUGGCCCAGAUGCACCUAGAUGCACUCAAUCUGACCACAGCUAAAUUUACACAGACUCUGCUUCAUAUCAACUUCCUGUCCCCUCUUAUCAUGGUCCUGCUGUGGGUAAAGCCCAUUACCAAGGACUACAUAAUGAACCCCACUCUGGGAAAGGAGAGUGUGCCUUUGAUGACUGAGCAGACGUAUGAUACGUUGCGGUUAUGGGCCAUCAUACUGAUGUGUACGCUCCGGCUCGCUAUGAUGAGACAUCAUUUGCAGGCCUACCUCAACCUGGCCCAGAAGGGUGUGGACCAGAUGAAGAAGGAGGCGGGACGGAUAAGUACCGUCGACCUGCAGAAGAUGGUUGCACGUGUUUUUUACUACUUGUGUGUGAUCGCACUACAGUAUGUGGCACCACUGGUGAUGCUGCUGCAUACAACUUUGCUGCUAAAAACCUUAGGUGGACACUCCUGGUGGGUCUAUCCUGAAGAAGACCUGCCUUGCACCCACGAAAUGAACUCUGACUCUGGGAUGGGGGCAGCACCAGUAGCAGUCCCGACACCAGCUUCAGUGGUAGAAACAGGUGCCCGGGCGUCAGUAGCCCAGCUGUCGGUGGCCCUGGGAGGCCUGCGGACUGUCUUCAGCCCCUUGCUUUUCCGGGGCCUCUUCUCCUUCUUUACUUGGUGGAUUGCUGCCUGCCUCUUCUCCACCUCCCUCUUUGGCCUCUUCUACCAUCAGUAUCUCAUGGCGGCAUAGCAUCAGCAACCCAGAAGUGGCAGCCAGACCCCCACAGGGCUGCUGUACGUUCGUGUAGCCUAAUCAGAGAGGACUGAUUGGGGGCAACAGAGGCCUAUUGAUAACUCUGCUCCACAACUCCUCCUUCCCUUCCUCCCUCUCUUUGACCACCUCUCAGUGAUUGACCAUAUCAUCAGAGCUCCUGGUUCAGCUUCCAGUGCUUCCUUCACAGAUGACUCUGUGAACUCAUCAAUGUUUUUACUACUACAACCACUGCAUUUAAUUUGGAGAGCAAGAUUUAUAAACCUUAAUAAUGGACAGACUAAAGUACGAGUUAGAAGAAUAUUAAUCAGUGUCAGUGGUGAAUGAUAUGAGGUAAAAUACUGUAUCUCAGAUACUGAUUACUGUUCAUUUUACAUGUUGAAAUGUGGUGGCAGUUCUACUCAGUUUUGCCAUUUUUUUAGAGGAGCCAGUGGAGAGAGUUUAAUUAAUGUUAAUACGUGUUCACAACAUCACAUGUAAUGAGUUUGAUCCAUUAGCAUCUCUAGAUUCAAGAUAUCUUUUGAUUACAGCCUCUUGAUAUCAGACAGUUGUCCUUCUGUUUAAAUUCCUUCUCACUGCGUUUCCUGUAAACUAGUAUUGGCUAUGAAUUAUAUCACAAACUUAUCCUGGAAAAAUCUGGCUGACUGUAUGGUUUGAGUUUUCUUGGUUGGUAAUUAUGUGCACCACGCUGACAUUAAGAGUCAUACAACCAUCUAUUUUCCUGUCUGUACCACAGUCAAUAAGAGGGCUAAUUUCCCUCAGUGAUACUUUGCAAGGAAGCUACACUUCACAGAAUAUCAUUGAAUCUGGAGAUGUUCAUGGAGGCUAGUGUGUGACUUCAUAUUAGCCUUAAAUCAUCUUAACCUAUUUUUUUUUUUUGUGUGUGUGUGUGUCUUUUGGGAGAAACGGAUAACUGCCGUACUUGGGCCCCGGUUUGUCUUUUGAUCAGAACUGUAAAAUAUGUGUGCUAAAACAAAAUCAGCUGUUUUUCUCAGACGUCUAAAUUUCAUUGCCACGGACCACAAAACCGUCUGAAAGAGUCUUAAAAUUUUGCCAGUGCGUUUCUGUUUGCUGGAGGAGGAGGAGGUGGAGGAGGAAGGGGCCCGAAUGGGAGGAUGGGAUGAGCUGUCGGCUAACUGGGGUUUGAGAGAGGACAGGAGAAGAGUUUUACUUGCAGAAGAGCAAGAGGAGAUGUUGAACUCGUGGGGAGACAUCUCACUGACUUGAAGCUGAUGUAUUUAAAUGUGUCUAAUCGAACUUGCCAUUGAUGACAAACCUAGGUUUUUAAAUGAAAGGCGUUCCAGUAGAUAUGUGAUGUUUAAUUUGCAGUGUAACCUCCCUGAUUUUAACUGAGCCAUUUUAGAAGCUAUAAAAGAAUCUGAAGCUCUUUUUUUGAGAGGCAGUGAUGAUUCAAAGGGAGGACGGCACGUAGGGCUCAAUCAACGUAUGUGCUUGUGUCCGUGUGUCUGUCUGCAUGUAUAGGAUCUCUGCUGUAGGUCAGCUUGUAAUCUGAAAGGGCAUUAUAAGCUACCGCCUAUAUGUUCUGCUUUUUUUUUUUUUUUUUUUAUUAACUUUUACCCAACCAUUGCUUUUAAACUCAUUUGAGAACAAGCUUUUGUUUGUUUUUAUUCUUUUUCUAAUGGAUCAAAUUUUGGAUUUGUAAAAUUUUUGAUUUUAAAGUGGUGCCAAGUAAGUCGGUUGCCCCGGUCUUUGAAACCACAGCUGGGCUACAACACUGCUGACUUCUGUUUUCUGUAGAUCCAUCUUGAUAAAAGAGGGAAUCGCUAGUUCUGGUACACAACAGGACACAAUGGUAUUUGCAGCAUCUUUGCAGACUGUAAUUCUUUUGUGGGUUAAUAUACGCACAAGCAGUGACUGUGCUGGUGAUGCACUGGGCCAACAUGAUUGUCCAGUCUAUUCAGGAAUGUAGGGUACGUGCUGCCAGAUUAAUUACAUUCUUGUGGUUCUCUGGCAUUUCAUUUCUUCAUUACAUUUGUUAUAUCAUAGAGCUGUAAUUUAUAAAUUCCAACUCUAUGCAUUUUGUACAAAGCCAGGCAGCACCAUAUCACAUUUUUGAGAUCCUGAUGUCGAAAGUCUUAGCUUCAGUUUGCGUCUGUUUGAAACGAUAGGGAAUAUGCACAUAAUGAAUGUAUCAAUCCUGCCUAAUUUCUAGAUUGUUUUGAUGAGAAUGAUUUGUAUGGUGAGUUGAUUUAACCCCCCCACCCCCACCCACUUCCUGAAGUCUUUGCUUCUCUACCACGUUUUAAAUCUACCUUUCAAGCAAAAUCUAAUUUGUCCUAAUGACUAUAUUUACUGAUUGAUUUAUCUUUGUUUUUGUAUUUAUUACACAUGUCGAGGCCUGUAAACAUUUCUAAUUUUUAACAGUACACACUUUAUUUUGUUAUUGGAGUGCAUGGUGGCUUAAAUCAAUUUUAAAAAUGUGUUUGACAAAUCAGUUACAGAUUAACCUUUUUUUUUGUAAUGGUCUGUUCUGGUCAGGUGAGAAGUAGCUGGGAUACUUUCAGAAUUCAUUGGCCUGUGGUGGCAUUUCUUCUGUUUGUUACCAUUGAAAGUGUUUAUUAUUCACUGUUGGGUUCACAAAGUAAAUUACACAUCGUUCUUUCAUGUAUUUAUUUCUGCUUUAGAUUUUGUCUUAAAUAAAUUAUGUUCUUUACUAUGUCCUUUUUUUUAUUUUAUCCUUAUGCUCUAGUGGCUUCAUAUAUGGCCUUAGCAGGCUCACAACAGGGAGGUGGGUUCAUUUAUGAAGCCUGAGAUGCGACUGGCACUUUAGGUAUGUAUUUGUUUCUCAUAAACUCAAAGCAAGGAUCUGUAAGCUUUGUGUUUUCAGUGUUAAAAAAAGAGCUCAUAAUUUUGUCAGCUUACAGUCCUAAGAAGUUGAAAAAUCACAGAGGAAUUUGUUGACCGCAGCCAUUUAAUGCUGGUAAUUGCUCCUAAAUGACCAAAGAGAGAAACUAAGUGGGAAUAUUUGAUACAUCCAUAUUCAUUUUGAUUAAUUUUAUAAGUCAAUAAAUUACCAAAAUGACAGCAAGUCAGUAUUCCUAAUGAAUUUUGAUGAUUCUCUGGUCCAAAUGAGAGAAUGACAGCAACUUCAGAAAUGAUGCCUCACCAAAGACUUGUUUGUAAAAUAGUUCAUUAACCCAGUCUGUCUCUUCUUGUUGAACCUCCUUUUGUCUCCCUCCCUCCACAUCAAAUGUUGUGCAAUGCAAAAAUUGCUCACUUUGUUUUAGCUAGUUGUGUGCUUUAAAAACAAAUCAAAACAAAAAGCUACCAAGCAAAUGAUG